UCUCCUUUCUGAAUAACUCACCCCUAAUCUUUACAAAACUCGACCGUUUCCCCUUCUCUCUCUCUCUCUUCUUUCUCUCUCUAACAAUGGCGAUCGUCUAACAUCUCAAACCGCCCAACACCCACUAGAAGAAUCCUCAGUAAAUCAACAACAUUGUGACACUGAUCAUCACUUCUAAUGGGUUGUUUUCUUGGUUGUUUCAAUUCUUCAAAGGAUCAGAAACCACGCAGAAAACAUAAGUACAAGGCUAUCCGUCGAGAUCAUAAUGCUAAAACUCAAAAUCUGGUGCAAUCUGAUGUGUCAUUGGCACAAAGCAUCAAAGAUAAGCCCUGUGAUUCACUUCCAGAGUUAAGAGGAAAGAAUGAGGAGCCAUUGAGUACCAGGAAAAAGGUGACAUUUGAUACAAAUGUCACAACUUAUGAGCAUGUUGAUGUCUACGACAGUACCGAAUCUUUAUUAGAAAAGAACGAAAAAGGCGAAAGCUUUCCCAAGUCGCAUUCCGGUUCUCCGGACAGUGGAUCCUAUCCACCAAAUUACCGGUACGGCAACUGUGUUGAAAGCGAUGACGAAUUUGAAGUUUCGGAUUAUGAGGACGAAAACGACGGUUUAGACGACGAAGAAGAUUACGAUGACAACGUAGACGGAAUCAUAUGUCAAGAAGUAUGGUGCGAGUCAAUCCCAGUUCCCGAUUCAUCAUCGGAAUCCUGUUUAAGUCCCGUGUUGAAACCUGUUGAGAAUCUUUCACAGUGGAAGGCUUUGAAAUCAAAACAAACAGUCACACUAACACAACCACCAAAGCCGUUGACUUUUGACCCGCAAAAGGAGAAUUUUUCUUUUAACAGUCAAGAAGCAGCAGUUGAUGCUAGUUUGAAUUGGAUGGUUACUCCGGAAAAGAACUCACCGAAUAACAAACGGGUCGGAUACGGUAACCCUGAUCUUGAGCCCGUUUCCUCUGGAAAGAGUUUCUCUCAAGAAUCAACGGUGACUUCAAUAAAAAGCUUAGAAGAUAGACCGAUUUUAGGGGCGUUGACCGCAGAUGAGUUGAAACAGGUUUCGGGUUUGUCUUGUACACCACCAAGGAAGUCACCGGGCAAAAGCCCUGAUGAUAUGCCGAUAAUCGGUAGUGUUGGUAGCUACUGGAGCCACACGAGCUCAGCACAAUCUUCGAGCCCAUGUUCAUCGUAUAAAGGCAUACCGAAUGCCACCAGCAAGUACAGAGAGGAUAAGAAGGUGAACUGGCAAAACAUUUCAUUUGAAACAAGAUUGGAGAGAGCUUUGAGUGGAGAUGCUGCUGAGUGUUGAAGUUUAGAAGUGUUUGCUCUAUUUUUUCAUUAUUUUUUUUUUCUUUUUCCUUGUUUAAAAUGUUUUGUGAGAUUUAUGGGUUGGUUUGUGAUAAUUCUUUAUUGGUUUUUGGUGGUUAUCAGUAUAAGGAUUGGGUUGAUGUAAAAAAAAA